AUGCUCAGGUCGCGUGCCUAUUAUUCCGUUGAAAGAAAGGAAACACUCGCCGGUGUUUCGGAAUCUCAAGCAACGGACGGUCCGAACGAACUCAUGAUGCCAGCCGCGACAGAUACUGCAGCGCUGGAGCAUGUAUUGAUCGCAGCACAUGUUGAUGAAUCUCAACUGCGCGCCGAGAUGGAGAGAGGGAUGGCUCAGCUUGAUACAGGUGAUUUCGGUUGA